AUGGAUUUACUCGUGCCACUGGUCGCAGGCCAGAUCCUACGAAUCAUCUACUACAGCACUGGGAUCCUGCUGGUCUCGAUCAUCCUCAAUGUGAUCACGCAACUCGUCUUCUACAGCAGGAAAGAACCCCCUGUGGUCUUUCACUGGGUGCCUUUUCUUGGAAGUACUAUUGCCUAUGGCAUGGACCCGUACCAGUUCUUCUUUGCGUCUCGUGCAAAGUAUGGGGAUAUUUUUACUUUCAUCUUGCUAGGAAAAAAGACCACUGUCUAUUUAGGUGUUGAUGGCAACGAAUUUGUCUUAAAUGGAAAACUUAAGGAUGUCAAUGCCGAAGAAAUCUACAGCAAGCUCACUACGCCCAUCUUUGGAACUGGUGUUGUCUAUGACUGUCCCAAUUCCAAGCUCAUGGAACAAAAGAAGUUCAUCAAAUUCGGUCUCAGCCAAACAGCCCUAGAAUCCUACGUCCCCCUGAUUGCCGACGAAGUAACCUUCUACAUCAAAUCCUCAGGCAACUUCAAAGGCAAAUCCGGAUUAACCGAUCUAGCCGCAGCAAUGGCCGAAAUAACAACCUUCACAGCAGCCUGCACCUUACAAGGCGAAGAAGUCCGCUCAAAACUGACCUCCGAAUUCGCCGAACUCUUCCACGACCUCGACCUAGGCUUCCAACCAAUAAACUUCAUGCUCCCCUGGGCACCAUUCCCACACAACUGCAAGCGAGACAUAGCCCACGCACGCAUGCGAGCAAUCUACCUAGAAAUAAUCCAAGCAAGACGAGAUGCCGGCCUCACCGAUCCAAGCCCAGACAGAACAAAAGGAACAGACAUGAUCUCAAACUUAAUGAGCAGCAUCUAUCGCGACGGCUCACCAGUCCCCGACAAAGAAAUAGCCCACAUGAUGAUAACCCUCCUUAUGGCAGGCCAACACUCCUCCUCAGCAAUAAGCUGCUGGAUUAUCCUCCGCCUAGCCUCCAACCCAACCAUGACAGAAAAGCUCUACGAAGAACAGCUCCAGAAUCUAGGUCCCGACCUCCCACCACUGGAGUACAAAGACCUUGACAAACUCCCACUGCACCGCAACGUCAUCAAAGAAACACUCCGCAUCCAUUCCUCCAUUCACACCCUCAUGCGCAAAGUGAAGAAUCCCCUUCCUGUCCCAGGCACAGAAUAUGUGGUCCCACCAUCUCAUACGCUCCUUUCUAGCCCUGGCGUUACUGCGCGUGAUGCGCGCUACUUCCGCGAUCCGUUGAAGUGGGAUCCACAUCGGUGGGAGGAAAGGGUUGAGGAGGAGAAUGAGGAGGAUACCGUCGAUUAUGGGUAUGGGGCUGUUUCGAAGGGGACGCGGAGUCCGUAUCUGCCUUUUGGGGCUGGACGGCAUCGCUGUAUUGGGGAGAAGUUUGCGUAUCUUAACCUUGAGGUUAUUGUUGCUAUGAUGGUGAGAAGGUUUAGGUUUUUUAAUCCUGAGGGUGUGGAGGAGGUUCCUGAUACAGAUUAUUCGUCUCUCUUUUCGAGGCCUAUGCAGCCUGCCAAUGUGCGUUGGGAGGUUCGAUCCUAG